CCUUGUUUUCUAAUGUAUACACAGCCUUAUAAUUUAUAGCAGCACUCACUAAUUAAAACUAUAUUUCAACUAGCAUGGCCAUCUCUGUGCCAACCACUCUAGGACUCAGUUCUGCCCCUGAUGAAAUUCAUCAUCCACACAUCAAGUUUUCUGAAUGGAAAUUUAAGUUAUUCAGGGUGAAAUCCUUUGAAAAGAUUCCCAAAGAAGCUCAGAAGGAGAAGGAGUCCUUGGAAGGAAGUCCCUGCCUAGAGCAAUCUGCAACAGUCCUGGACAAUCCUGAACAAAGUAAGAAAUCUGUCCUGACUCAACCAGCAUUGAAGCUGCACCCUAAGUUCUCAAAGAAAUUCCUUGAUAAUGGGAAAGCAAGAGACAAAGCAAUUCACCAAGCCAACCUUCAACACUUCUGUCGCAUCUGUGGGAAUUCUUUUAACACUGAUGAGCACAACAGGAGAUACCCAGUCCAUGGGCCUGUGGAUGCUAAAACCCAAGCCCUUUUUCAAAAGAAGGAAAGGAGAGCCACUUCCUGGCCAAACCUCAUUGCCAGGGUCUUCAGGAUUGAUGUGAAGGCAGAUGUUGACUCCAUCCACCCAACUGAGUUCUGCCAAAACUGCUGGAGCAUCAUGUAUAGGAAGUUCAAUCAUACCCCAUGUGAAGUUUACUUUCUAAGGAAUGUGACCAUGGAGUGGCACCCCCACACACCAUCCUGUGACAUCUGCCAUGCUGUCCACCAGGGACUCAAGAGGAAGAAACAUCAGCCAAGCAUGCAGCUCAGCAAAAAACUCAAACCUGUGCUCAUCCGAGCAAGACAGAACUGCCAGCCCAAGGUGCAGGCAAGAGUUAGCAGCAAAGAAAUCAUGAAGAAGAUUGCCACCUGCAGGACAGUCCAUCUCAGCACUCGGCUUCUUGCCGUGGACUUCCCAGAACAUUUCGUGAAAUCCAUCUCCUGCCAGAUUUGCGAACACAUUCUGGCUGACCCUGUGGAGACCAGCUGCAAACAUGUAUUUUGCAGGAUCUGUAUUUUCCGAUGCCUCAAAGUCAUGGGCAGCUACUGUCCCACUUGCAGAUAUCCAUGCUUCUCUAGUGACCUGGAGAGUCCAGUAAAGUCCUUUCUGACUAUCUUGAAUUCCCUGAUGGUGAAGUGUCCAGCAGAAGACUGUAAUGAGGAGAUCAGUUUAGAAAAAUAUAAUCACCAUGUCUCAAGCCACACGGAAUCAAAAGAGACUUUGGUGCAUAUUAACAAAGGGGGCCGACCUCGUCAACAUCUUCUGUCACUGACCCGGAGAGCUCAGAAGCAUAGGCUGAGGGAGCUCAAGAUGCAAGUCAAGGAAUUUGCUGACAAAGAAGAAGGUGGAGAUGUGAAGUCUGUGUGCUUGACCUUGUUUCUACUGGCACUGAGGGCAAGGAAUGAGCAUAGAAUAGCCGAUGAGUUAGAAGCCCUUAUGCAAGGACGGGGUUCUGGCCUUCAGCCAGCUGUUUGUCUGGCUAUCCGUGUCAAUACCUUCCUUAGCUGCAGCCAGUACCACAAGAUGUACAGGACUGUGAAAGCCAUUACAGGGAGGCAGAUUUUUCAGCCUUUGCAUGCCCUUCGGAAUGCUGAGAAGGUACUUCUGCCAGGAUACCACUCUUUUGAGUGGCAGCCCCCCUUGAAGAAUGUGUCUUCCAACACUGACGUUGGAAUCAUUGAUGGCCUUUCUGGACUUGUCUCCUCUGUAGAUGAUUACCCAGUGGACACUAUUGCAAAAAGGUUCCGCUAUGACUCUGCUUUGGUGUCUGCUUUGAUGGACAUGGAAGAAGACAUCUUGGAAGGCAUGAGAUCUCAAGACCUUGAAGACUACCUGAAUGGCCCCUUCACUGUUGUGGUGAAGGAGUCUUGUGAUGGAAUGGGAGAUGUGAGUGAGAAACAUGGGAGUGGGCCAGUGGUUCCAGAAAAGGCAGUUCGUUUUUCCUUCACAGUCAUGAAAAUUACCAUAGCACAUGACUCACAGAAUGUGAAGGUGUUUGAGGAAGCCAAGCCCAACUCUGAGCUGUGUUGCAAGCCAUUGUGCCUUAUGCUGGCAGAUGAGUCGGACCACGAGACCCUGACUGCCAUCCUGAGCCCACUCAUUGCUGAGAGAGAGGCCAUGAAGAGUAGUGAAUUAAAGCUUGAGAUGGGAGGCAUCCUGAGGACUUUCAAGUUUAUCUUCAGAGGCACUGGAUAUGAUGAAAAACUUAUCCGGGAAGUGGAAGGCCUUGAGGCAUCUGGCUCAGUUUACAUUUGUACUCUUUGUGAUGCCACUCGUCUGGAAGCUUCUCAAAAUCUUGUCUUCCAUUCCAUAACCAGAAGCCAUUCUGAAAACCUGGAGCGCUAUGAGGUCUGGCGUUCAAACCCCUACCAUGAGUCAGUGGAAGAACUGCGGGAUCGGGUGAAAGGGGUGUCAGCAAAACCUUUCAUGGAGACAGUCCCUUCUAUAGAUGCACUCCACUGUGAUAUUGGCAAUGCAGCUGAGUUCUACAAGAUUUUCCAGCUAGAGAUAGGGGAGGUGUAUAAAAAUCCCAGUGCCUCCAAAGAAGAAAGAAAAAGAUGGCAGGCCACACUGGACAAGCAUCUCAGGAAGAAGAUGAACCUCAAACCUAUCAUGAGAAUGAAUGGCAAUUUUGCCAGGAAGCUCAUGACCAAAGAGACUGUGGAGGCAGUCUGUGAAUUAAUUCCUUCUAAGGAAAGGCGUGACGCUCUCAGGGAGCUGAUGGACCUUUACCUGAACAUGAAACCUGUAUGGCGCUCAUCAUGUCCUGCUAAGGAGUGCCCAGAAUCCCUCUGCCAGUACAGCUUCCACUCACAGCGUUUUGCUGAACUCCUCUCCACCAAGUUCAAGUAUAGAUAUGAAGGCAAAAUUACUAAUUAUUUUCACAAAACCUUGGCACAUGUGCCUGAACUUAUAGAGAGGGAUGGCUCUAUUGGGGCAUGGGCAAGUGAGGGAAAUGAAUCUGGUAACAAACUGUUCAGGCGCUUCCGGAAAAUGAAUGCUAGGCAGUCCAAGUGCUAUGAGAUGGAAGAUGUCUUGAAGCAUCACUGGCUAUACACCUCCAAAUGCCUCCAGAAAUUUAUGAAUGCUCAUAAUGCACUUAAAAACUCUUGCUUUUCCAUGGACUCAAAAGUGACCAUAGGGGACUCACUAGGCAUUGAGGACUCUCUGGAAAUCCAAAAUUCAAUGGAAUUUUAA